GUCUUGUCUCGAGCAAGCCUUCCUCCACUGCUUGUCUAGUCUUGACUUCCUCCUAGACUCUUGGAAGACAGUCGACUAUCUAUUGAAAGACCUUAGCCGCCAUGGCGACGAAGACAGCUGGCGGAAACGCCGCCUUUCACAAUUUCCACAACGACUUUGCACAUAUCCAGGACCCCAACGAGCGGCGACGACUUGCCCUCGCCGAGAUCGAUAAGGCUCCCUUUGGCUGGUACCAUGUCCGCGCCAUUGUGGUUGCCGGUAUUGGUUUCUUCACCGAUGCCUACGAUAUCUUCGCCAUCAACUUGGUCACGGCCAUGUUGGGUGUCGUCUACUGGCAGGACGCCCCCAAUCCAAAGAAUGCAGGAAAGAUCCCAACCAACUCGGAUACCGCCAUCAAGGUUGCAACCUCUGGUGGCACUGUCAUCGGUCAAGUCGGCUUUGGUUGGCUCGCCGAUAUCGUUGGCCGCAAGCGGAUGUAUGGUCUCGAGCUGAUCCUGAUCAUCUUCGCAACUCUUGCUCAGGCGCUUUCCUCUGACUCUCCUGCCAUCUCCAUUGUUGGUAUCAUUAUCUUCUGGCGAGUCAUGAUGGGCAUCGGUAUCGGAGGUGAUUAUCCUCUCUCCUCCAUCAUCACUUCUGAGUUCGCCACCACCAAAUGGAGAGGUGCCAUGAUGGGUGCCGUCUUUGCUAUGCAAGGUAUCGGCCAAUUCACCGCUGCCAUCAUUGCUUUGAUUGUCGUCACCGGCUUCCAUCAGUCUCUCAAGACUGCCGCCACCGUCGACCUCUGCGAUGGGGUUUGCCAGCUUGCGGUUGACAAGAUGUGGCGUGUGAUCAUUGGAUUCGGUGCAGUUCCAGGCUGCAUUGCGUUGUACUUCCGUCUCACCAUCCCUGAAACUCCUCGUUAUACUUUCGAUGUUGCCCGUGACUCGGAGAAAGCCGUCGAAGACGUCAAAGCCUACCAAUCCGGACAACACGAGGGCAAGCCUGAUGAAGUCAGCCGCGCCGCUGUCUUGCAAGACUCCCGCCAGCGCCUCGAAACUCCCAAGGCCAGCUGGCACGACUUUUGGCGACACUACAGCCAGUGGAGGCAUGGCAAGGUCCUUCUCGGAACUGCGGGUUCAUGGUUCUUCCUUGAUGUCGCUUUCUACGGCCUGGGCCUCAACAACUCGAUUAUCCUCCAAGCAAUUGGCUAUGCCAAGGGUGACAACGUCUACGAGAUUUUCUACAACACCGCUGUGGGCAAUCUUAUCAUUGUCUGCGCAGGUGCCAUUCCGGGUUACUGGGUGACGGUUGCAACAGUAGACACCAUCGGUCGCAAGACCAUUCAGCUGAUGGGCUUCAUCAUCCUCACUAUCAUCUUUAUCGUCAUCGGUUUCGCAUACGAUCACCUUCACGAAGGCGGUCUUCUGGCUCUCUACGUCCUCGCCCAGUUCUUCUUCAACUUCGGACCCAACGCCACCACCUUUAUUGUUCCUGGUGAAUGCUUCCCAACCCGCUACCGAUCUACCUCGCACGGUAUCUCGGCUGCCUCGGGCAAAGUUGGGGCCAUUGUCGCCCAGACUGUCUUUGGCCCUCUCCGGACCAAGGGACAUCCUACAAAGUCCAACCCGUCGCCUUGGCUUGACCAUGUCAUGGAAAUCUUCGCCCUCUUCAUGCUUUGCGGCUGCUUCACCACUCUCCUCAUCCCCGAGACCAAGCGCAAGACGCUCGAAGAGCUCGCUGGUGAAGUGCCAGGCACCAAGAACUACGACCCUGAAAGCGCUGGCCAUCGCAAGGAUUCAUAUGUUGCCCAGCCCGCCGCCGAGGGUGUUAUUGAGGGUGACAAGGCCGCUUGAACGAGUUUCUUUUCUAGAAGGUUUCUCCCGUCGUUGUCUCGAUACACACACAAAACUUCCGUUUCUAGUGGCAGCCACCAUGAAUGAGUAGUGGGGUCUGUGUAGAUUAAUACAAUAGUAUGAACUUGAUCUAUACUUUCGGCU